UGAUAGAAACGAAUACGAUCCUACUGAGUAAACAUAGCAGACAACUCAAAACGUAGUGGCUAUGACGACUCAGUUGAAACAAUUCAAAAACAACGUUCAUUGAAAACAUUGCAAAAACAAGUGACGUGUGAUGUGUUUAUACUACUUGUUGAGAGAUUAUAUACAUCGAAAAAGCGGAGAUCCAGCUAGUAACAAAUUGGAAGUGAACCAUUAAACAACAAAAACUGUUUAGGUAACGCAGGGACUGCGAUACCCAGUGAUAAGAAUAAUUUGUUCAUACCGUACUGUGUUGGUGCAUUUACUAUAAAGAUCUUCAAGUGCAUUAUUCUCUGAGAUGUCGAUGAGCAAGAAUAUCUUAAGAUGCAGAAGAUGUGCUUGUUUAGCUACAAGGCAUAUUAGUAGCCACCGAGUAAGGUCUUCUGAGCCGAUUAUUGAAAAUGGAAAAUUGAAUUGUGCACGCACCAAGGGCAUGUCAUUCAACCAGUGGAAAAUCAUCAAUCAGUUCAAAGAAUUACUGUGGAAGGGAAAAUCAGAAUGGGCUAUAAUGUAUAUUGUAAACAAGGAGUGGAUAAACUUGCUGAGGAAAUUUCCACAGGCAACAGGAGUGUUUCAUUCUGUAUCAGUACAAAGGAGAAGCCACCGUGGGGACUUCACUGCAACAACUAAAGAUGAACCGGUUGCCAUUAAAUCAGCUGAACAGAAAUUGAACGAGCCUCUCAGAAAUAAUGUGCUGCAUGAGCCUCCACCAGUGGAAAGUAAGCCGCAGGAUAGCAAAAGUUAUGGUUUGCAAGUCAUUGAAGGACUGAAGCAGAAACUAUCAAGCAAAUCACCAACUACCGCAGAAGUACCACAAGAUGCGUCCAGUUUGAAAUGGAAGAACCAGUAUAACAUUGCCACCAAGGAUUGCAUAGUGUCUCGAUCUCGCCACGUCCUGUCCCUCAUCACCACUGCGCAGACUCUUGAUCAGAAGAGACACAGAUUGGUGGAAUUGAUUAAACAUCUGAACCAGUUUCCUGAGGCGAAAGGAUAUCUCGUCAAGGAUGGUGCGGUCACAAUUCUACUGAGGAUGCGAGAUUCUGUUAAUGAUUCUCUGAUUCAGCAGAUGAUCCGAGAAAUAUUUGCUCGUCUAGGUCAUGUGGACCCAGUGCCAGGGUGGGGCAUUCGUAUACUAUCAAUCGAUGGAGGUGGAAUGAGAGGUAUAGUAGUUCUUGAGAUGCUGCGGCGUUUUGAAGAGCUAACUGGAAAGAAAGUAUGUGAAAUGUUCGAUUACAUAUGUGGAGUGAGCACUGGAGCGAUUUUAGCUUGUGGAAUAGGGACUCCCUGUGGUAAAUCUCUGGAUGAAGUGCAAACUAUUUAUAGAGAAAUGAGUGCCAAAGUUUUCACUCAGAGUGCAUUUUGGGGUACUGGCAAAUUGAUGUGGAACCAUGCUUACUACGACACAACCAUAUGGGAAGAUCUGCUCAAGAGGUAUCUUGGGGAUGUCAGUUUGAUUGAAACUACAAGGGACCCAAACUGUCCAAAGCUGGCUGCCGUAUCCACACUGGUGAAUCAAGCUCGAGUUCUCCCCUAUGUGUUCAGAAACUAUGCUCUUCCCUACGAGCGACAGUCACAGUACCUCGGCAGCUGCAACCACACCAUGUUCGAAGCUGUGCGUGCGUCAGCCGCAGCUCCCACCAUAUUCGAGGAAUUCCGGAUAGGAUCGUUGUUGCAUCAG